CUCAUUGUGCUUGUCAAAAGAGGGGGCGAGGGGGAAGUGGACUUUACAACUACCUAGGCACACUCAAGGACUCGGUUACUACUCUUCCUCCCCUUGCUCCUCAAGGAACCAGUCGUCCACUUGAAAUUUCUCUGUGACUUUAACAGUUAUCCAACUUGGUGAUCAAAAGACGGGACUUCAGCUUGCUUGCGUAAAUACGUUUCGGUCUUCUUUUUCUUCUUAGCUCCUUAGCUUAGCGGCGCUUGCUUCCUGCACGUAAAAUUUCCUUCCAGACCUUGUCUCUUUUCUUCAAGCAUCGCCAAACCGCGGGGACUCAAAUCAGCCAACUAAGGAUUUUUUUUUUUUUUUUUUGGGUGAAAUAUAACAUUUGUGAAAGCGCCGAGUGCAGCAGAGCUAACAGCUUAUUGCUGUUACUCAUUGUGAUUUUUGUUAGCAUCCAAAGCAUCAUUCGAACAUGAUUCCCGACAAAGCGCCAAAGGACGACGUCUUUCACGGGGCUGAGGAGAUUCGGAGCGGAGCACACGUUCCCACCUUUGAGAAGUAUAAAGAAAUGUACAUGCAGUCCGUCCAGGACCCUGACAAGUUCUGGGGGGACAUGGCCAAGGAGUUUUUCUGGAAGACCAAACACAAUGGCCGUUUCCUGGACUACAAUUUUGACGUGACCAAAGGAGAUAUCUUCAUCAAGUGCAUGGAGGGUGCAUCCACGAAUGUGUGCUAUAAUGUGCUGGACCGCAAUGUUCACGACAGAAAACUGGGCGACAAAGUGGCCUUCUUCUGGGAAGGCAACGAGCCAGGCGAUGAGUUGACUGUGACGUACAGAGAGCUGCUGAACAGUGUUUGUCGCUUUGCUAAUGUCUUGAAGUCACAGGGUGUGAAGAAAGGUGACCGUGUUGCCAUAUACAUGCCCAUGGUUGUGGAGCUGGUGGUAGCCAUGUUGGCCUGCGCUCGCAUUGGGGCUGUUCACUCGAUUGUGUUUGCAGGUUUUUCUGCGGAGUCUCUGUGUGAAAGGAUUGUGGACUCUCAGUGUUCACUUCUCAUAACUGCCGAUGGCUUCUACCGAGGGGAUAAACUCAUCAACCUGAAACUGUUAGCAGAUGAAGCUGUACAGAAAUGCAGAGACAAAGGAUUCUCACUUGAAACGUGCAUCGUUUUGAAACAUUUGUCGAAAGAAGCACCAGAGACCUCCCUCAGCUCUCCUCCCGCCAAAAGACCGUGUCCUGACCUCCAGGAGACAGAAACAGGCAGAGUAAGAAAAACUCAUCCUGUUCCACAGGUGCCGUGGAACCCAAAAGUGGACAAGUGUUGGCAUACACUAAUGUGUGAAGUGUCAGAUGAAUGUGAACCAGAGUGGUGUGCAUCUGAAGAUCCACUCUUUAUUCUCUAUACCAGCGGCUCCACCGGCAAGCCAAAGGGCGUCCUUCAUACUAUCAGUGGGUACAUGAUCUACACUGCUGCCACCUUCAAGCUGGUGUUUGACCACCGGCCGGAUGACAUCUACUGGUGCACGGCUGACAUCGGCUGGAUCACCGGUCACUCGUACAUCACUUACGGGCCACUGGCUAACGGAGCCACCAGUGUCUUGUUUGAGGGUCUUCCUACAUACCCAGAUGUGAGCAGAAUGUGGCAGAUUGUUGACAAGUACCACGUGAGCAAGUUUUAUACUGCGCCAACUGCCAUCAGGUUGCUUAUGAAGUACGGCAGCGAGCCGGUGCACAAGUACAAGCGAGACUCUUUAAAGGUUUUGGGAACGGUCGGCGAGCCUAUCAACCCUGAGGCCUGGCAGUGGUACUUCACGGUCGUAGGUGACAGCAGAUGUCCCAUCGUCGACACAUUCUGGCAGACUGAGACGGGAGGACAUGUGAUGACACCUUUGCCAGCAGCUACACCUAUGAAGCCAGGAUCUGCUACAUUUCCGUUCUUUGGUGUAGUGCCAGCCAUCUUGAACGAGUCGGGUGAGGAGUUGGAGGGCACAAGUGAAGGUUACCUGGUGUUCAAGCAGCCAUGGCCUGGUGUGAUGAGGACUGUGUACGGUAACCAUGGCAGGUUUGAAAGCACCUACUUCAAGAAGUUUCCGGGAUACUACGUGACUGGAGAUGGCUGCCGUAGAGACGAAGAUGGAUACUAUUGGAUUACUGGGAGGAUAGAUGAUAUGCUAAACGUCUCAGGUCACUUGCUGAGCACAGCAGAGGUGGAGUCUGCAUUGGUGGGGCAUGAGGCUGUUGCUGAGGCUGCUGUAGUGGGUCGACCUCAUCCUGUCAAAGGAGAAAGUCUCUACUGCUUUGUAACGCUAUGCGAUGGCGUCAUCUUCAAUCGGACGCUGGAGGCCCAACUCAAAAAACAAGUGCGUGAGAAGAUCGGUGCUAUUGCCACCCCUGACUUCAUACAGGAUGCUCCAGCGCUCCCCAAAACCAGAUCAGGCAAGAUCAUGCGGCGUGUAUUGCGCAAGAUUGCCAGCGGUGAGCGGGACCUUGGCGAUAUCUCCACGUUAGCAGACUCGUCUGUGGUGGAGCAGCUUUUCCAGAACAGGUGCUGCUCUGCCGUAUGACAUCCCAACACCUGGAAUCUGUGGCGUGACCUCUGCUAACAUACGAGAAUAAUAGAAGUAUAAUGUGUGUGUAUUUGUGUGAGAUAGAAAAAAUACAUUUAUUUUCACUACUUUCUAACACACAUACACACACACACUUAAGAAUAAUAACUGUUCAAAUAUAUUGCUGUCCUCCAAUAAGCUCACUUUGCUAUGUGUUGUUGAAGUUUUCCUUCAAACUGCUUUGUAGUAUGUCUGCACUUUGUAUUCAUUUUUUUUUUUUUUUUGUCUUGUGUUUUUAAACAAAGAUGAACAUUUUUGAUUAAAACAUAAAAUGAACAUUUAA